AUUAGGUCUUAUAAGUUUAUCUCACUAUUAUAAGCACCCGACAAUAACACAUUAGCUUGGAAAAUAUGUUUGUAAUAUUCUGAAUUUAAUUGCAUUUGCUUUAUUAUGACUGUCUGGAAUAUUGAUGGCGGCGUAGGAAAAUUAGUAAUAAUGAGUUGAUCUGGAGAAAUGUGUAAACUGGAAGCGAUCACACUUUCUGUCAAAAUAAUCAAUACACUAAAUUGACUGGAUGACCAAAAUUCCUAAGAUUUGUGAAGGGUUUAUGGGUGUUUUGAUGUGGUGUAAGGAUACGUGAGUAUAUUACCCAGUGAUUAGUGAUGGGGAAUUGCUGUGGAACACACCCUAAUCCCCAUUUAAAAAACAAUACAAGUGAACCCACGUCACAACGACCGAUUGAAAAUGGUGCCACACAACCAGGUCAGGCUGCAGUUCUGGCAGGUGCAGCACCUCCAACAUCAACCCCAUCAAUAACAACAUCUCCACACCAGUCUGAACUAUCUCUUGAACCAAGUGUAGCUAAUAGUAGUAAAGUUUUUGUUGCUCUUUAUGAUUAUGAUGCCAGAACUGAUGAAGAUCUUAGUUUUAGAAAGGGUGAACAUUUAGAAAUUUUAAAUGAUACUCAAGGAGACUGGUGGUAUGCCAAGUCAAAAACCAGUAAAUCAGAGGGAUAUAUACCGUCCAACUAUGUGGCUAAAAUAAAAAGUUUGGAAUCAGAGCCAUGGUAUUUUGGUAAAAUAAAGAGAGUAGAAGCAGAAAAGAAAUUGUUAUCCCCUGAAAAUGAACAUGGUGCAUAUUUAAUUCGUGACAGUGAAAGUAGAAGAAAUGAUUAUUCACUAUCAGUGAGAGAUGGUGAUACAGUUAAACAUUAUAGAAUACGACAGUUAGAUGAAGGUGGAUUUUUUAUUGCUCGUCGUGUCACAUUUAAAACUCUGAGUGAAUUGGUAGAUCAUUAUAGUACAGACUCUGAUGGAUUAUGUGUUAAUCUCAGGAAACCCUGCUCUCAGGUUGAAAAACCUCAGACAGUUGGUUUAUCCUAUAAUACUAAAGAUCAAUGGGAAAUCCCUAAAAAUUCUCUUAAACUUAUCCGUAAAAUUGGACAUGGACAGUUUGGUGAAGUUUGGGAAGGAUUAUGGAAUAAUACUACUCCGGUGGCGAUCAAAACACUCAAACCUGGUACAAUGGAUCCUAAAGAUUUCCUGGCCGAGGCACAAAUCAUGAAAAAAUUACGUCACACAAAACUUAUUCAGCUGUAUGCUGUCUGUACACAAGAUGAACCAAUAUUCAUUAUAACAGAAUUAAUGAAGAAUGGAAGUCUAUUAGAAUACUUACAAGGAAAAGGUCGAAGUUUGAAACUGCCACAAUUAAUCGAUGUUGCUGCUCAGAUUGCAUGUGGUAUGGCAUAUCUUGAAUCACAGAAUUAUAUACACCGUGAUUUAGCUGCUCGUAAUAUCCUUGUAGGAGAUUCUAACCAUGUUAAGAUUGCAGAUUUUGGAUUAGCAAGAGUUAUAAAGGAAGAUGAAUAUGAAGCUCGUGUAGGAGCUCGAUUCCCUAUUAAAUGGACAGCACCAGAAGCAGCUAAUUAUAAUCGAUUUACUAUUAAAUCUGAUGUUUGGUCGUUUGGUAUUUUACUGACAGAAAUUGUAACAUAUGGUCGUGUUCCAUAUCCAGGAAUGACCAAUGCUGAAGUAUUACAUCAAGUAGAACAUGGCUACCGUAUGCCUACGCCACCUGCCUGCCCUAAAUCAUUGUAUGAAAUUAUGUUGGAAUGCUGGCGAAAGGAUGAAUUGGAACGGCCCACUUUUGAAACAUUGCAGUGGAAAUUAGAAGAAUUCUUCACAAUGGACCCAACUGAAUACAAGGAGGCUUCAGUUGUUCGAUAAAUUCAGCAGCUGAAUCGACCAAUAAUCACAUCAUUUUAACUUUUUUUCACGCUCAAAUUUAGAAGGAAAAAAAAAUGGACAGCUGUACUUGUUAAAAUCACUUGUCAAUUUGUGGCUUUUAAAGCUUUUUCUAUCAUUUGUGGAUGCUUCUUUUUCUGUCCCCUAUUUAUUAUUGUCAAUACAUGUAGUUGUGAUUUUUUUUCCUUUUUAAAGACUUUGAAGUGGUGAGCAGUAUUUAUAGUUCAUGGAAUGUUUUUGAUUACGAGACAUUUGUGAUCCCGUUUUGAACAUUUGUGAUUGACAAUGACAUAAGACAUAAAGAACGAUUUUUCUCCUGGGUAAUGUGAAUGAUGAAACAGAUUUAGAAUUAGUGCUGUUAGAGAAUUAGAACUACAUAUAAAUAAACUGAUGUAGUUUAAUAAUGUCUAGCAAUAAAUAAAUUAACAUCAUCACAAAUCAUGUUAACAUCAAAACUUCAUCAAAUAAACUCAAGGUGAACUUCAACAUCAGCAAACAAAUAAUGAUAUAUGUGAUUCCAUAGAACCAGCAAUCAACUACAACAAUAAAGAAAAGAUUAGAUUGUUUUGUUUUUUUUAUAUAAUAUUGCCAUCAUCAGCACCAGCCAUAUUUUAUGCAUUGUGUUUAUAGAUAAAUUGUUACAAACACUUCUGAUCUGAUCUAAUUAUACAUGUACUAAUUGAACCAAUAAAUAUCUUUAAGAAAUUGUGUAAAUAAGUGCACAUCCAAAGUGAUAUCCCUCCUAUUAAUGAACCAUCCUGGAUUUAAGCUUUAGCUGUAAUAUUAUGGGAUUAGUUUAUUUUCCAAAAGGGGGAUAUUUUAAAUCACUGAUCUAUAAAUGAGAUUGGUUAAUCUGGGCAUGUGAUCUGAGAAAAAGAUGAGAUUUUAAACCAGGUUUGGUUAUUUAUUUAGAAUUUGUGUCAAAAUAAAAUUUGAAAAGAUUUUUUUAAAAUUAUAAAUAUUUAUAUGCGUCAUUAUAUCAUUUAAUGUCAUUUUCUUAAUGCUAUAGUGUACUUAGCUUUGAAUUUUUCUUGAAAUUUAAUUUGUGUGUAUAAUUAUCUCAAUAUGCCAUGAUGCUUUGUUACAUAAGCUUUCAUGUAUUUGAUAACAUUUGUGCAUAACAAUAUGAAGUUUAAUAAAAGUGCAAAACUAGUCAGUAAGGCCAUACAAAAAGAAAUAUUCUGCUUUUCAAACCGUCAUUCAAAAAAUUCUGAUGCACCAGGAAUGGGGGAGGAUUAUUUUUUUAUUAUUUUGUCAAAGGAUCACAGGGCUAAAAAUGAUCUCUCACAAACACCAUAUUUCAAGGCACAUAACUCAAAUUUUCUCAUAUACGCGAAGUUGAAUACUAACAAGUUCAUUUACAAGCAGUAACUUAUUCUCUCAUUUGGGUACUCGAUAAUUCAUUUUAACUUGAACCGUUUCAUAGAGUUACUUCCCUCUAACACGAGAAAUAUGAACGUGCAAAAAUUAAUGAGAAUGUUGUUAUUUUUCAAAAUAAGAAUGGGUCAUUGAGCCCUUCAAGUGAGAAGCAGAAUAUUUUUUUUAUAUAGCCUAAAUACACAUUUCUCCUUAAUAUAAUAUUGAGAUGGGGAAGGAUAGAUUAAUGUUUUUGUAUUACUAGAUAUUGUAACAGUUUAAAUUUUAAAGUCAAUAAAAUGUCUACACAAAAGCAUUUAUUACACCAAUAUACAUUGUAUAUAUCAACAGUUUAUAAUUAGCUUAGAAAUGAUACAAAUAAUGUUGCAUUUAAACAUGCUACCUGUAUACACGUCAGUCAUUCAGUCAAAACUAACAUUAUACUUAACCCAUAUCUUUAAAUGAUGAAUUGAAACUGUUACUUAUUCAAGUAUAAACUGGUCAUAUCAGAUCUCCACCUGUCAAAUAAAUUGGUUGACUAUAGUUAAUUUAGUGAAAAUCUCAAGUUUACUUAAUCUUUAACUACAUGCAGAUUCUGUAAAUCAAGAUUAUUUUUAUCAAAUCAGAUAUUUUAUUUCAUGUUUUCAUUGAUUAAACUCCUUAAGAUUUUCACUUUUCCAACUAUCGAAUUACAUCUUUCAAUUUUUGAUAAUAUACUAGCAUAAGUAUUUAAUACUGAAAGAUUAUUUAAAGAUACAUUAUGUAUGAUUUAGAUAAAGUGCUGGUCGUUCUUGCUAUAAUAGUUUUAAAAUAGAUAAUGCAAAAUGAAUACAUUGAAAAUUUCAUUGAAAUUACUUUAUUCUAAGCAAAGAUAUUAGCCUUUGAUGGUUUGACACUGUGCACUGAUUGUAACCACGGUACUGGCUGUUCGAGGCUUAGCCUCGCGUUUUCAUUAUUAAAUGGCCAAACCAUUCUAAUCUACGUAAAAUUAGCCCUAUUGAAUUGCAUCGAGAGUUGAUUAUGAUCUUGUCAUGUUAAUAAAUGCCCAAUUAAUAAUUUAGAUAACAUUUAAGGCCUAAAGCAAGACCUGCAAUACUUGGCAAUAGGCAGAUUUAGCUCUUGCAUAAUGUAUGUUUAUAACAUUGCUUCAUUGUCCCAUUAUUUAUAAACAUUGUUUUCAUUCUUCUGUGCACCAGGGAUCUUAUUCAUGAAUCUCUUUAAAUUGACUGUAAACUUAAAAUCAAUAUGUUAAGAAUGGCAACUGACAAUGGCAAGUGCUGGUUGAAAGUUACAGUUGAUUUUCAAAGAUUAAAGAUAUAUUUCCUUGUCAUUUGUGAUCCUAAAUACAGAAUCAUGGACUAUGAUAGCAAGAAAUGGUGUUUAACAUCCACUAGGUACAAACAAGGUCAUUUCUGGACUAAUAUAUGGUUCAAUUUUAUUUCAAUAAUUCGCUGUGCUGAUUGAAAGUUAAAGUUUAUUUUAUAAGAUUAAAGAUAUAUAUUUCCUCGUCAUUCAUGAUCCUAAUACAGAACCAUUGACUGUGAAAUGGGGAUUAAGGUCCACUUGAUACAAACAAGGUCACUUCGGGACUAAUAUAUGGUUCAAUGUUAUUUCAAUAAAUCUUUUGCAUGUAGUGGUCUAGAGCAGUGACAAGACAGUCUAAUCGACAACCUUGUGAUCGAAACCACUCCACUUGAUUCAGUGAUAGAUCGUAUGAUCUAAAGCGGAUGGACUGGAACAUAUAUUCUAACUACCAGGUAGAAUUCAUACUUUAAGGGAAAUUGCGAUUCUACAAAGUAGCCAUCCCUUGCAAAACCAUGAUAGUCAAGCACUAGUAAAAUAUGAUUUUAGCCGUUCAAUUUAUUGUGGACUUAUUAGGUAAUUUAAAUUUUCCUGAUCAUUAGAAAUAUAAUACAUUAAAGAUAACAAGUAUCAGGGGUCAAAAAGAUAACACAAUAAUGCUCAAGGGAACAUAUCUUUAAAGUUUUGUGAAUAAGGAACCAUCCAUGUAUUUAGUAUGUAAUAGUUUCUGUUUCACAUUGAGGUAUUAACAAUAGAGAUUUGUACAGGAACAAAUGUAUAUUUACUUUAGAAUGACUAUCAUCUAUCAACAGUGUUGUGAAGAAAAGUUUUGUCUUGUAUCAUAAGGUGUAAUUUGUAAUACUUUUUAAGUGCUCUUUGCAAUGAGAAAAAAGAUGUCAGUAACAGAUCUGUUGUGAUUUUCCAUUAAUUGUAUGUAAAUUCUGACUUCAUUUGUCAGAAAUUAAAGUUUUAUGCCUUUAGAUUUAGCCAAUGGUCACACACAUCAAGCCCCUUUUCAACAAUGCAAAAAUAGCAAUGCUAUGAUGUAGGUGUAGAAAAAGUUUGACUUUGGCUAAAUCUUGAAGUCAGAAAUUGUGUGUUAAAAUAAUUAUAUUGUAUUUGGUUGUUUUUAAACAGAUAUCAAAGAAAACCUGAUUCUUUAAAUGAAAGAAAUAAAAACAUUUAUCAGUAACAUGUAAUGAAUUGCCUUGGGCUGUAUUAUCACUUUUACAAUCAUCUUGUAUAUCGAGUUAUCUUAGUUGUCAGAAGUGAACGAGUAGACUUUUUCUACAUCAGUUUGUCAUGUAUUAAAUAUUAGAAUAAUUGAUCAUACGACUUUGUGUUGAUCUUUCAGAUAUUUUUUACCUACUAUUUUAAUAUCAAAUGCAACUUUGACAUUUCUAUAAAAAAAAAAAAUAG